GUCGUAGUCUCUACCUCAUCCAGUGUCUUUUUCACCCGCAUGAUACUGGCGCAAUCACCAUGGAGGAACUUGUUUUCAGCCCGGAACUCACCAUCCCAGACACGCUGGUUCUGCGGAACUUGGCCGACGACAUUGCACGCCACCGGCAGACUAAAGAGUCUAUCAAACUCGAGGGCGACGAGGGCUACUUGAGCGCCAGCUCCACUUCCCAACAUGAAUCCUGUACCAAGUACGGCAUCUCUGCUGAGAGAGACGCAGCCGACAUUGACAAGCUGAACGGGUUAAACGACCCCAACAGCGAAGACUUUGAGCCGACUGUUAUCUCAUCGCUCGACCUCCGCGACCUGCGCGCCCGGCUGCCUGCGGUUGUCUACGACCAUGUCGUGCAGUCCUACAUCACCUGGGCUCAGGGCCUGGUGCGGCACGAGACGGACGUCAUCAUGCUGACGCAUCUCAUCAUGUACUUCACCACCUCGCUGCCCAGCGCCGUCUGGCUCUUCUACCGCUUCAGCUACCUGCACGGCGUGCUGCACUUCGCCAUGCAGUUCUGGUACAUGGGCGCCUACACCCUCAUGAUGCACCAGCACAUCCACAUGCGCGGCAUCCUGGCCAAGCGGCCCCUGCUACGCCUGCUCGACGCUGUCUUCCCAUACAUCACGGACCCCCUGAUGGGCCACACCUGGAACUCGUACUUCUACCACCACGUCAAGCACCACCACGUUGAGGGCAACGGGCCCGAGGACCUGUCGUCGACGGUGCGCUAUCAGAGGGACAGCGUCCUUCACUUCCUGCACUACGUCGGCCGCUUCUACCUUCUGAUCUGGCUCGACCUGCCGCUGUACUUUGUGCGCAAGGGCCGGACUGUCAACGCCGCCAAGGCGGCCUUCUGGGAGCUCUCCAACUACGCGGCCCUGUACGCCCUGUUCCGACUCAACAGCCGGGCAACGACGUUUGUCUUUCUCUGUCCGCUGCUGCUCAUGCGCCUGGGUCUGAUGGUGGGCAACUGGGGCCAGCAUGCCUUUGUUGACGCCGACGAGCCCGACUCGGACUUUCGCUCGAGCAUCACCUUGAUUGACGUGCCGAGUAACCGCUACUGCUACAACGACGGCUACCACACAUCUCACCAUCUGAACCCCCUGCGCCACUGGCGCCACCACCCGGUUGCAUUUCUCAAGCAAAAAGAGGUGUACGCAAACGAAAAGGCGCUCGUGUUCCACAACAUCGACUACCUCAUGAUCACGGUCAAACUGCUCCAGAAGGAUUAUCUGCAUCUGGCUAGGUGCCUGGUGCCCAUCGGCGACCAGAUGGACAUGACGCUCGAGGAAAGGGCCGCCAUGCUGCGGCGCCAUACGAGGCGAUUUACUGAGAAGGAAAUUCGGGAGAAGUUUGGGAAGGGGAAAUCAAAGGAGAACUAAUAACCUUUUCGCCUGGUUUAUAGACCUCAGGUAAUGGCAAUGAUGGUCGCUAACUUAUUCUAAUCAUGUGUAUACUGGGAAACUUGAAGCUGCUUUGGUACGCAGCUUUUAAGUGUAGCGGUGGUAGACUAUAGAAUGUACC